UACUGAUUUCAUACAAAAUUGGCGGCAAAUUAUAGAAAAGUGUCGAAUAAUUCGUGACUAACCAAACGUGAAGUAUUUUCUCAAAAUUUAUAUACAUAAUUUGACAUCAAAAUGGUUCAUAAAACUAACGAAGAAUUCAACGAGUUAUUAACGAAACCACAAAAUGAGAAACCACAAAUAUUUGAAAGGAAACAGGGUGAAUAUAAAGAUCUUUCGAAGAAAUUUGUGAACACAAAAAGAGAUUAUUCGAAACAAUUUGCACACAUAUACGCUAUCAGGCUUGCUGAAUUGAGAGACGUUCUGAUUCCGCAAGUUCAGGCUAAAUGGGGAAAUGUUCCCAUAGUAAAAUUAGCUGACUUAGAAAAAUUAGAUGGUCAGCAAUGCAUAAUAAUUGGUACUCUUUAUAAACACCAGCAAUGGAAGCCAUCAAUCUUACGUGAACUGAGUGAAGAACAUCAGCUUUCUGUUCCCAGUUGUAGAACAAAUUACUGUUCUGAAAAGGAUCAGCCUUUUUUGGAGGAUGAAAUGUUACGUAUUAAGUUAGUAGGUGAAGAGGUUGAUUUAAAAAAUAUUGUUACUGGAGUGGUCUGUGCCAUAUUAGGCAAUGAGAAUAAUGAUGGAACAUUUACGGUUAAAGAUUGGUGCUUUCCUGGCUGUGCACCAAAAAAAUCUUUACCAAAAAAUUCAUCUAUGAAAAAAUUAGUAAUUGUAUCUGGAUUAGAUUUGUCCAAAAGUCUUCAAAACUUAGGAACAUGCCUUUUUGUUGAAUGGUUGUGUGGAAUGGUUGGUAAUCCAGAAGAACAAAACAAUAGCACUUCUAUUAUUUGUCUUAUUAUAGCAGGUAAUACUAUAAAGAGUAAUGAUACAGUACACUCAGCAGCAGAUACGCUAGCUAAAGAAAUAGGAGAAGUGACUAGGAGUGCAGAUACAUUUUUAAGUAAUUUAGCAAAGUCUUGCUCUGUCACUUUAAUGCCAGGCGAAUAUGAUCCUACCAAUGCUAUGCUACCUCAAAGGCCAUUGCAUCCAUGCUUAUUACCUAAAUCAUCUAGACUUAAAAAUUUUAAAAGUACUGCAAAUCCAUGGAUUGGUAAAGUCGAGGAACGAAUCGUAAUCGGUACUAGCGGUCAGCCGAUCGAUGAUAUCAUCAAAGCAACGGGUGAAACUAAUAUUUCACCUAUCGAAUGGUUAGAGAAAACUCUACUAUGGAGACAUAUAUGCCCAACUGCUCCAGACACAUUGUUAGCUUGUCCAUAUCACGAAAAUGAUUUAUUUAUUAUGAAAGAAUGUCCAGAUAUAUAUUUUGUCGGUAACAUGGAUAAAUUUGAAACAAAAUUGUGGAAAGGUGAUGAAAAUCAAAUAGUUAGAUUGAUAUCAGUUCCACGUUUUAGUUCUACUCAUACUGCGGUAAUAAUAAAUUUGGAUAAUUUAGAUACGCAAUAUAUUUCUUUCGGUAAUGCAUAAUAAAUACUUAAUAUAUUUUUAUAUUUUUCAUAUAAUACUCUAUUUUUUACUUCGAUUUUAUAUAGAUUUUGCAUGCAUGCAUAUAAACUUCUCCAUAUAAUGUAAUUUUUAUAAGCAUUAAAUUAUAUUUAUUUAAUUAAUCCACAGUUUUUUCAUUUAUCUUGCGUCGAACUUCAUUGAUGCGAACUUUAACUGAUUUCGUAAAAUGCUAAAAAUGAGUACUAAAAUAAUAUGAAGAAAAAACAUGAUCUAUUGAUGCCUAUUUAUUUUUAUUCAAAAUGUGAUGUACAAAAUCUAAGCACACGACUUUUAUAUAUUUGUAUGCUUGACUAAAUAUAAAGUAAUGUAAUAAGAAAGAAAUUACAUGUAAUAUCACAGAUUAUUAAAAAAUCGCGAAAUCACAGUGACAUAAGAUUUUAAACAAUGAACUUGUUACUUCAACGUGACGUCAUGUUUUAUAAAUUAUAAAUAGUAAGAACAUAACAGUCAAAAUACAGGAUGUGAUCAUUUUUUUAACAACAGAGUUUUAUAUUGAAUCCAUUUUUAAUAUUUUACUUGACUGUAAAAACUAAAAUGACCUAAUUAUAUAUGAUACCUUUAUAACUCAAUGUUCUUACCUGCACAUAUAAUGUGAAAAAAAAUAAAGCGAAUAUACAAAUUCUAUGUAGCUAUGUACAAAUUCUGUAAAGUAACUGUUUUUGACUGUUAUAUGAGAUGCGAUAAUUAUGAAAUCAUUUAAAGAAAUCAUAAUAAACGAUAUAAGAGAAGUCAAAUAUAGAAAUAUAGUAGCGUACACAGUACAGGGACAAAUACAAUAAAUUAUAAGUGUUUGUAAUAAUUUGAGUCUAGUCGCGUGCUUUUAAUUACUUUACAAUGAACAUUACUUGUCGCAACUAGAAAAAAUAUGCAACGUCGAAAGUUGAUGCUACAAAAUGUUUCGGUUGGCACUUUUAUUCAACGUAAGAAUUUCAUUAUAAUAUAAAUACAGCUUUUACUUUCUCAUAAAAUUGUCUAAUUCUGUUCAUACGAGAUUCUAAUUUUUGACGGACUA